GACCGGCACUUCAGGCAAGAGCAGUACUUGAUGGUUUAGCAGAGCUGCCAUGUGACAUACGGCCACCGCAGCCAAACGAUUCAGCAGUCUUAGUUGUGUGGUACAAAGCUUCAGAGCGUCUACCCGAUAUUACCCCAAUUUAUAGCUAUGACAUGAGGAGCAAACACACGGAAAAAGCUACACAUUGGAAAGAUAAAGAGUUUCUCAAUGAGAGGGCUCACUUUAGGACAGCCACUGAACCUGCUAUUCUCAAUAUUAAAAGAGUUGAACAGAGGGACGAAGGAGAAUAUCUGUGUAGAGUAGAUUUUGUACGGAGUCCAACGAGAAACUCCAAAAUUUAUCUCACUAUAAUCGUGCCACCUCAUAAGCCGAAUAUCAUAGAUGAACAUGGAAAAACUGUCUCGACAAUUGCGGGGCCAUACGAAGAAGGGGGAAGCAUGCGGCUCACUUGCCUUGUUUCUGGAGGGCGUCCAGCACCGACAGUCCGAUGGUGGCGAGGUGAAACACUUCUAGAGUCUAGAGAUGAGCCUGGUGAAUUUCCAGCUCUACGUAGAAACACUUUAAUCGUUACUGAGCUGACAAGGGCGGAUUUGCAUGCCGCUUUCACUUGUCAGGCUUCAAAUAAUAACAUCAGCCAGCCAGUUUCAGCCUCAGUUACCAUUGAGAUGCACUUACGGCCUCUGAUUGUGGAGAUUCUCAGUAGUGAACAUGCACCAUUGAGUGCAGAUAGAAAAUAUGAUAUUAAUUGUAGGACCAUGGGAUCAAGGCCGCCAGCAAAAUUGUCAUGGUUCAUGGAGGGGAAAAUGCUCAAGAACUUUACACAAAAGGUUUCCGAGGAUAGUAAUAUGACAAUGUCAACCUUAACAUUCACCCCAACUCGAGAGGAGCACGACAAAUUGAUCACGUGUCGGGCUGAAAACCCCAAUGUCGAGGGUGGACUCGAGGAGGACACAUGGAAGCUCAAUAUUUUUUUUGUGCCAAUAUUAAAACUGGAGCUGGGUUCCAAGAUGAAUCCCGAUGACAUUGAGGAAGGGGAUGAUGUCUACUUUGAAUGUAAAGUUCGAGCUAAUCCAGAAGCAUAUAAAGUUGUUUGGAAACACAAUGGCAUGGUAAUUCAUAACAAUGCAAAAAAAGGUGUCAUAGUCCAGCAGUAUAGUCUUGCAUUACGACAGGUCGAUCGUUUUCAAGCAGGUAAUUACAUGUGCGUUGCAUCGAACGUUGAAGGAGAUGGUUACAGCGGAAUAGUCGAGCUUAAAAUUAUGUAUAAACCAAUUUGUGUACCCGACCAAAAGCGUAUAUACGGCGUCGCUAGGUUGGAAGAGUCAAAAGUAGCAUGUCGUGUGGAAGCUUAUCCACCACCAAACAACUUUCGAUGGGCAUUCAAUAAUACUGAAGAAAUGGUUGAUGUACCUCAAGCAAGUUACAAAAAUUCAACUCGCCAUACGCAAAGUGUUCUUACAUACAGGCCCGUAACAGAAAUGGACUAUGGUACUGUACUCUGUUGGGCAAGCAAUACAGCUGGACAGCAGACGAACGCAUGUAUAUUUCACAUUAUUCCAGCAGGGAAGCCUGAAGCACCUUAUAACUGCACUCUAACCAAUCAAACCACAGAAUCAUUAUCAGUGGAGUGUUCGGCUGGAUUUGACGGGGGUCAGCCGCAAAAUUUUUUACUCGAAGUGUACGAUCAAUAUACAGGGAUGCUCCAGGCAAAUGUCACAUCUCGUGAUAAUGCUGCAUUUACAGUGCAAGAGUUAGAACCUGGGAAAGUAUUGACUAUGAAGAUGUAUGCAUUUAAUUCAAAGGGACGAAGUGAAUCGACAAAACUCGAAGGUUUUACGCUGAAAGUUGCCGAGAAACAGACUGGAAGUCCUGUACCAUUUGAGAUAACACCACUUCUUGGAGUGCUAAUUGGAAUUGUAGCGGCUUUGCUUCUCAUUACUUUCAUUAUACUGGGAGCAUUGAAAAUUAGAAGUGAUCGACGUGCACAUAGACCCGGCGAUCUGCCACUGAAAAAAGCAACAGCACCCAGUUCAGAGGAUCUCUACGAUGCUGAUGAUAGAAAUCCUGAUGUUGUUCCAACCAACAAAGAUUCAGAUUAUCAACUGACGGGCUCAACAGCAGGCACGCCCUUGGCUGUUCAAGUAACACCCGACCAAGUUUCAACAACAUCACUGCCUAAUCAGCAGACAAAUCAUUUGCAAGGGCUCUCUGCUUAUGCACACAAUGACUACAGCAAUUAUCCAACAUUACCCUUGACCGGAGAAGUAACAUACGCUGAACUAUGCUUAGCUCGUCCGACAACACUUUCGACAACAGCAGAGACAAAACUAGCCUGUCUGAGUGGGAUGGGUGGCUUAGGAGGAUUCAAUAAUAGUAAUAAUGGGGGUAGCGGUGGUGGGGUUGGUGGUGGUGGUGGUGGUAAUGGCGGAAGUGGUAGUGGUGGUGUUUUAGUUGGUGGAAAACCUUAUAUGAAAGAAGCGACUGUUUAUGCGUGUAUAGAUCAUAAUGCACGUGCUCCAAAAAUAGAUCAAAUAUGCCAAUCCACGAAGGCAAGUACUGUAGGUCUUCUUCAAGAUACCGGAAUUAUAUCGACGAAACAACAUCAUCCACGGGAAGUUGUUACCGUUCGCACACCUCUAAUAUCAACACAAGAAAGCUGCGUAUAGGAUCGGGAUGCCGACGCGCUCGACAUUAACGAGUACUACGUAUAAUCGUAGCUGCGUCGAUCAUACCGAUAAAAAUAAAGCAUUUGACAGAUAAAUAUUCAUCGUACAAUUUAUCCUGACAUUGAAGUAAAAAAAUUCUUGCAAAAAUAUUCCACUUUUUAUUGCAGUGUCAGGCUAAUCCAAUUAGUAGGUACAACACCUAAGGCGCGAGAGUGAUUUGCUGUCAUCAUGAGCAUUCGGGGGGAGUCGAUAAUUUUCUGGCUCAAUCAUGAACCAACCUGACUGGUCAACCUCAUCUUUCAUAGUUUUUUAUAUUUAAUUUUCUAUUUGCAAUAAUAAAUGAGGGAUAUCUAAUGACGAUUCUUCCAUGCGCAAUAAAUCAGUUCAGAUACUCCCUGAAAUAUAAACGUGAAUUUUUAACGGGAAAUAUUAUGUGAAACUAAAUUGAUUGUUUAGACUUCGAUUAAAAUUUUAAGAGAGUGAGUAAUGGUGCGACGUCUCAAUGUAUGAAAAUGUGUUCUCAAAUAUGUAUUGUAAAAGAUAUUAUCUUUAAUAAUACAUUCGUCUUGGGGAGGCUCUCUUUUUCCAAUUGUAAAUAAUGAAGACUGGUUAAAAUAGGAUUAUAUAGAAAAAAAAAUGUGUCAGUUUUUAAGAAAAACAUUGCGAGAUGCGAUAGAAAAAAGGUAUAAUAAAAACUGGGCAUUUUACAUUUUAAUCGUUUGCGACGGGUUCGUGAUAUAUUUGUACAUGUUUUGUAAAUAAUAAUGAACAUAAAAGGAAUCCAUGGUAAAACUACUGAAAUCAUAGCUAAAAUAAUAAACCAAAAACCAACAAUAUGAUAAAGGAUGUGGAAAAAAAAGCCCCUCACGAGCGGGCAAAUUGCAACGGGUAAAUGGUAACGGACAAAUCUAGGAUAGUAAAAAAGAAAAAAAAAAUUAAAAACAAACUCCAAGUGCUCAUACUCAUUUUUUCGUCAGCAGUCUAUCUUGACAAAUUUAAUGGUUAAUAAAUUGCGGCGCAGUCUGUAUAUCCCCAAGCUGUACUCAUCCGUGAAUCUGAGAACUAUGUAGUCGUCUUUCAUCCCAAACUCUUCUUCAUAAUUGUGAGACAAAUAUAUAGGGUUCAAGUGUAAAUUAACAUUAUUUUUUCAAAAAAUAAAAUUGAAAAAAAAA